GGAUGAUCGGUUGCUCGGUACAUGCCAGUUGAAGGACUGAGGGUGAAAUUCUGGAUGUGCCUCCAUGCUCCAACAGGAAGAAGGCGGCCUUUACUCUCCAUAACACUCACAGCUUCAUCGGAUAGCACCAUCUCGAGGGUGUCCCCGUGCACUGGGUUGUACUGCUUCCAAGAGUGCAGAACCUUCACAUGUACUUUCCAGCCACUUUUGUAGGGUUUCACAUCUUUCAAAGGGGUCACUUUCAUUGCCAUUGCGGUAGACAUUUUUUUUUUGAUUGCGAAUGUAGUUGUGAGUAAAUGUGAGAAAGCUUAGGCAUGUUGUAGGUGUUUAUAUAGCAGUAGGUUAAUCGAUGGUUCUAAAUGUCUGGUAAAAAAAUAUCUCUCGUAUAUUCUUAGUUCUCUAUAGGAAACAGUUAGAGUAUUGAUCAAGAAAAUAUAUUUAGAGAUCGUUAAUGUCUGGUUGUUUACAUAUCUUAACAAUAUUUACAAUUCUGUUGGUUUAAAAAUCUUUUUUAACAUAAACGAAUUAAAUGAAACAAAUAUUUGGGUAGUUAUUACGUAUGCUUCAUGGGCAAGCUAGUAUAUUCUGAUUCAUUAAAGGAUAAAUCGUUAGCUUCAUGGGCAAGCUAGUAUAUUGUGAUUCACAAAAGGGAAAAUCGUAAGAGGAUUUAUAUAGUUAAGAUUUUAAAUAUUUGUUACAUAUCUUCCUAAUAUGUGCUUGCCGUGGGCCAUUUAGACAAAAGUGUAAGGAGAAUUUCGAUUGGGCUAACAAUCAAGGUUGGGCCAUAUUAAAAACUCAGAAAAAAACGUGUUGUACGUAAUUCACGCAUUUACCCUUUUUUAAUCUUUGAAAUGUAAGGAAACACUAAAAAAGGAGAUGCCCCUAAGGUAAUUAUGAAAAAGGAUCCUGCUUUAAUAGUAUAGAUUUGCGUGUGAUGGUAAACCUGGAUUUUCUGAUAUUUAGAUGCACCAGAUUUUCUGAAACUUUAUCUAUUUUCACUAUUUCAAAUGAUUGUUAUAUAUGUUGGUCUGCAAUCAAGUUUUGUAUUUAUUUUCUAUUAACUAUCCUUGUUAGUGAAUGUAUAUAUAUAUAUGUUUAACAAAUUAUGAAAAAAUUAUUUACUAUUUAAAAAUAUAGUAAUACUUUAUUUAACUAUCCUUUUUUUUAGAGUCUUUUUAUGUGACUUUUUAUUGGGAAAUCUGUUUUUUUAGAGCAAAAAAAAGGUAACUAUGUUCCUUUAGACUAAUCUAUACUACUUUAUGUCCUAUUAGACUAAUUUUUUCGAAAAUGGCAGUAAUACCCUUAAAAUUGUAAUUUUUUUAAAAAGAUAAAUAAUGAGUUCGACAAGCGGGAUCGAUCGAUCCCGCUUUACAAGUUACAGUGGAUCGAUCGAUCCCGAUCAUUAUUCAGAACAAAAAAACGCGAAAUAUAUACUGAUCGACCUGGUCCUUUUCACUCGAUCGGCGAAGGUCGAUUUCUUACAGAUCGACCGAUCUGUAAAGAUAGAUCGAUCGAUCACGUGCCCAAGAAAGAAUCCCAAAUCGAUUUUUUUGGUUUUGUAUGAUUAUAUCCGGGUUGAUUCCCACUUGAUUUGAACCGACCAAGCAUGAUUUCAACUCUUUAAGCUCGAUUUCUCUGGGACAAAACCCAUAAUUUCCCAUUCACGAACAAAGGGGGAGAAAAUCAAAUUCUCACCCAAAGUUCAUUAACCCUAACUCACUCAAUUCUGUGAUUUGGACGAUUAUUUGGCCUAACUCAUACGAUUUCGUGAGCUUUUUAUGAAUCUAUCACUCUUUAGUUCGUUCUGCAAAGGUAUGAAACUCUAUCUCCACUUCUUUUUAGAGUUUGAAAAUAGAAAGGUAAAAGGUAAAUUUUUUGAGUUAGUUAAGAUAUUUAGGCUUCAAUCAUGUGUUAAGGUGAUGAUUAGAGAAGAUUUUGUACACAAUCAUGGCUUAAAUCAUAUUUUUGGGAUAGAUUUAGGAAUUUUAGGUUUUUGUUAUUAAUAGAUAUAUGUUGUAUUGUUUUCAAUUUUCAGGUAUGGAGUUGGAGUUGCCUAAUCAUUUAUACGGUGAGGGAUUGGAACCUCAGGUUAAGAAGAUUAAUAACAGCUGCCGACUAAAAUUUCUCGAGUUGCUAAAAGAAAAAAUGGAAUCAGAAUUCGAUGAAGUUAUGAAAGAUCCCAUUUUUUCACAGAUUAUGGUUAUCCAGAAGAAUGAUCUGAAGUUUUCGGCGAGGUUGGUACACUCUUUCUUGUGUAAGGAGUUGAUGACAAGCAGGAGACUUGAGAAGUGGUUCACUUUCGCUAGGAGACCUCUGCGUUUUGGAUUGCAAGAGUAUCAUGCUGUCACUGGUCUGAAAGUGAAGCGAGAGAAUAACAGUGGGUUAGUGACAUGGAAAGACGAUGAUGGUUUUUGGAGCAAGCAGAUAAAGACAAAUGGAAAAAUAAAUUUGCAGAUCAUAAAAAAGAAGCAUUUGAAAGAGAGCAAUACCUGGACUUGGGUUGAUAGGGUGAGACUGAUAUAUCUUUGCGUUAUUAUGGGUGUGGUGAUGGGGAAGGAUGAGAAGGUGAAUAUCCCGCAUCUGUACAUGAAGUUGGCGAUGGAUUUGGAAAAGCUUCGGAAUUACCCAUGGGGUCUAUAUUCGUUUGAUUUCCUUCUGAAGCAAAUUGAUAAAACAAGGCAUAAAUUAGAGCAGAAAGAGGGGUAUCUGAUGGAAGGAUUCUUGUUUGGUUUCCAAAUUUGGAUAAUGGAAGCUGUUCCUACUUUAGGAGAGAUUUGUGGCACAAAAGUCAGUAAAAAUUUUACAGGUCCACUGUGUGGUAAUUGGAGAGGAUGUGCAAAAUGUUCUUAUGAAGAUAUCAUUGGCGUUGAGAACUUAUUCCCAGAAAACGGGAUUUUGCAUUCAUUCAUGGAAUCCCACAUAAAUGGAGUGGUCCUUUUGGUAACUGAUUUUGUACAGAAGGAUGAGAAGAAAGAUGAAAGAGUAGAUCGCAUUUUGGAUAUGAUCAAUAGUAAACAUGAUUGGAACAAUCAUGUUUGGGGAGUAAAAGAAACUACGAACUCUAAAUUUGAGGAAUCUGGCGAAGAGAAAGUAGAGGAUCAAACAGCUGAUACUGAGAGAGGUGAAAAUAGUCAUGUUGCAGGGAAUGUUGAUGGCACAGCUGAUGUUUCGGGAAGAAACAAGAGAAAUCAUGCAGACAGAGGAGCAGAGUCAAGGAAGAAUAAUGUUUUGUGCCACCUAGCUGCUUCAUCAAAAGGAAAUAUUGACACAGAUAUGAAAAAUUUCUUGGAGGAUCUGGUACAAGCUUCUUUUACUACUUUUGGGGAGAAAUUCUGUCAGCAGUUCUCGGACAGAUUGGGUAAGAUUGAGACUGAGGUUACACAACUCAGGACAGCUUCGGAGAGAACUGAGCAAUUUGAGACCGUUGUAACCGACAGAUUGGGGAAAAUUGAGGCUGAGGUUACACAGCUCAGGACAAGUUUAGUGGUGACUGAAUUGGUGGGAAAGAGUGAUCAAGCAAGCGGUCCUAGCUUGACCAAAAUUAACAGUGGUCCUAGCACCAGCAAAAAAGGCACUGCUCCAUCAAAGAAAAAGGUAACUACUAAGAGAAAGAGUUAAAAGUUGUUGAAAGCUUGGAACUAGGCGAUAGAAUGUAGGUCUUUGAACGGAAGAAGUCUGUAGCCUCUAUCGGGAAGGAACAGAUGGACGAAGUAAGAGCUAAGUUAGAUGUGGUGCACGAGCUUCUUAGGAAGCAAGUCUGUUUAGCUGAAGGAGAAGUAGCAGAUACAGAAUGAGAAGAAAAUGUGAACUACAUUGGAGGUAUCGGAUUCCAGAAAUUUGGAAACCAGGGCGGAAAC